CCAGAGAGAUGGCAACCAUUGAAGCCACAGCACCAAGCAACAGCAUCCACAUCGCCAGAAACAUCAUUAACAAUCUCUCCCAAACACCUCACAGGCUGAGGCAGAGAAUGCUGGCCACAUGGACACCAGAACAGGAGCUCAACCAAGUGAGGCUGAGGUCUGGUGCAGAAAUGAAGAGGAAGCUCAAGUGGUACGAUCUGGUGGCUCUUGGCAUGGGAGGAAUGCUCGGCGUCGGAGUUUUCGCCGUCACUGGCCUGGUGGCUCACCAGGAAUCCGGCCCCUCGGUGUUCAUAUCAUACAUCCUUGCCGGUGUAUCUGCACUGUUUUCUUCCUUGUGCUAUACUGAAUUCUCCACUGAGAUCCCAGUUGCUGGAGGUGCCUUUAGCUAUCUUAGAGUCACUUUUGGAGAAUUUGUGGGUUAUUUUGCUGGGGCAAACAUACUGAUGGAGUAUGUAUUGUCCAAUGCAGCGGUAGCAAGGAGCUUCACAGAGUAUCUAAGCUGUGCCUUUGGAGUGAAUGAUCCAAACUCAUGGAGAGUUGAAGUUAAUGGGUUCCCCAAGGGUUACAACAUGUUGGAUUUCCCAGCUGUGGCUCUUAUUGCUCUUCUCACUCUCUUUCUUUGUCACAGUACCAAGGAAAGCUCCCGGUUGAACCUGAUAAUGACACUGUUUCAUGUGGUUUUCUUCGCGUUUAUCAUCGUUGCUGGAUUUAGAAAUGGCAGUACGAAGAACAUGGUAAAGCCAGGAGGAAUUGCUCCUUAUGGUGUGAAGGGGGUGCUUAAAGGAGCAGCCAAGGUUUACUUCAGCUAUAUUGGCUACGACUCAGUUUCAACCAUGGCAGAAGAGAUUCAAAACCCUUCUAGGAGCCUCCCAAUUGGGAUUGUGGGCUCUGUUGUGAUUGUUUCCGGGUUUUAUUGCCUCAUGGCUUUGUCACUGUGUGUGAUGGUUCCUUAUAACCAGAUAUCGGACAAGGCAUCAUUCUCCAUGGCAUUCCAGACGAUGGGUUGGAAGUGGGCAGGCAAUGUGGUGGGAGCUGGGGCAAGCCUUGGGAUUGUGGCGUCUCUGCUGGUUGCCAUGCUUGGCCAAGCUAGGUAUCUUUGUGUUAUUGGAAGGGCCAGGCUAGUGCCUUCCUGUUUGGCCAAAGUCCACCAUUCAACUGGCACCCCUCUCAAUGCCACGCUUUUCUUGGGGAUUUGCACAGCAUCAAUCGGACUCUUUACAGACCUAGAUAUAGUAGUAGAGAUGGUCUCCAUCGGCACGCUGCUUGUCUUCUACCUGGUGGCCAACGCUCUCAUCUACAGCCGCUACGUCAUCGCCGGAAACAACCCGCCGCUCCACACUCUCCUCUUCCUCCUCCUCCUGUCCGCCGCCUCCAUCGGCUUCUCCCUGUCGUGGAAGCUGCUCCGGCGGCAACAGUACUGGUGGAGCCUGCCGGUGUUCGGCGGCUGCAUGAUCGCCACCACCACCUUCUUCCAGUGCAGGGUGACAUACGGCCGCCGCCACUCCGCGGCCUGGUCGGUGCCAAUGAUGCCGUGGCCGGCGGCCAUAUCCAUCUUCCUGAGCGUUUUUCUCAUGACAACGCUCAAGAGGCUGGCGUUCCAGAGGUUUGGGAUAUGGUCGUGCUUCAUAACUUUGUUCUAUGUGCUCUAUGGGGUUCAUUCUACGUAUUGGGCAGAAGAAGAAGUUCAGGCUGGUGGGGAUGGUGGGAUUCAUCCAAACUCAUCUGCGAUCCCACAAACUAAGCCUGAUAUCUAAUAGAUUUACUUCAAAUAGAUUACUGUAAUUGUGACAAAAACAACUAAAACAAAGCAGCUUUUUUUAUUUUUUAUUUUCCAGAUAAAUGGGUUCUGGUGCCAACAAAUUUUUUGCCCUUAAUUAGUGUAAAGUCUUGUAGCAAA